AUUUCAUUCAGUCUGUGCCGCGCCGCCUCGGAGUUAGGAGUGCGUUUCUGCGCGUGCGCGAUUUUGACUUUGAACUGUCAGAUUCAAAAAUCGAACAAAAUAAACAGUGUAACAUUGGUGCCAAAAGUUAUUGAAUUUUCUAGAUCUUAAUUAAAAAUCGAAUUUUGAUAUCCUGUUUUUUUAAAAAGGUUGCAAUUAAUUGAUGACAGAAAGUGAUGCACGAAAAUAAGUGAAAAAACCAACAAAAUGCACAUCCAAACCUUCAUUACUUUAACCGUAAUUUUACUUUGCGAUGCAAAACUGCCGAGACAGAAAGAAACGUACCAAAUAAAUGAGCUUCCCGCAAAUCCGACACAAAACGCGGCAGCUCAGCGGUUGCUGCAGUUCGACAGAAAAACCAAGACCACGAGUAAAAUAGUCGAUCAAUACAAAGUGCGGAAUCGGAGGAACGUAUUCGAUUCGAAAUCGUACGAAUCGGGUCUAAUCUGGGCUCACUCAGAGCGGCUGGAUGAAAGCGGUGACGUGGUCAUCCGAUGGGUGAACUCGGACUCGAGUAUUACGUUUCGUGUGGAAGCCAAGACUAAGGGAUACGUCGGCAUCGGGUUUAACGCCAGAAGAAAUAUGAGAGGCGCUGAUUUGGUGGUCGCCUGGGUUGACGACCGGAACGGCAAUGCUCAGAUUUUGGACUGCCACGGUCCCGAGAUAGACAACAUCGCAGUAGCGGAUGAGGUGCAGAACUACGAGUUGAUCUCCGGAUACCAGAACGAGACACACACGACCAUCGAGUUCCGGAGACAACUCGACACUUGCGAUAGACAAGACUUUCUGAUUGGGGACGACACAACCCAGGUGCUAUGGGCGUUGGGUCCGGAUGGCUCUGACGGGGAGCUCCCGAAGCACGUGCACAGCGGCUCCAGGCCUCUGAGGCUGCUGCUGCCCGUCCCCAAGCCGGAGUCCAUACCGCUGAGGCACUGGGAUGUGCGACUGUUUAAUCUCACGAUCCCGCACGAUAUGGCCACUCUGUUCUGGUGCAAGAUAUUCAAAGCUCCAGAUCUGCCCAUGAAGCACCAUAUCGUUGGCUACCAGCCGCUGAUCGACAGUCGACCAAUCAGGAACGGCCGUCCGGUUUUAGAGAAAAACAGUCUGUCGCCAGUCCAUCACAUGGUGAUGUAUGAGUGUGCGGAGGAUCUGGACAAACAGAUGUGGAACGAUUGGGCGGAAAGUGAUGGGGAGUUUGGUCCGAUGAGGCCGCGGGAGUGGGCCAGCUGUGUCACCCCUAUUGCAGCUUGGGCUAUGGGAUCUAAAGGUGAAUUCUUGCCAGAAAAUGUCGGCAUACCUCUAGGCGAGAAAGGCGGCGUAUCUUACUACAUGCUGGAGGUUCAUUAUGAUAAUCAGGCACUGCACGAAGUCCUGGACAGCUCGGGCAUCCGCAUCCACUACACGCCGUCCCUACGGGCUCACGACGCGGCGCUGCUGGGCUCCGGCAUAGGGGUGUCGGCGCUGCACGUGAUCCCGCCCAAGCAACGCCAGUACCGGACCGUGGGGAUAUGUAGUCCCGAGUGUAGUACCAAUACCAUGCCAGAAGAGGGUAUCAACAUUGUAUCAGUUCUGCUACACGCUCACGGACAAGCAAGAAAAAUUUCAUUGAAACAUAUUCGAGGCAACGAAGAACUCCCAAGAAUUUCUGAGGAAAACUCCUACGACGUCCAUUAUCAGCAAUCCAGGAUCGUGCCCGGCGGCAGAAAGUUCCUCCGAGGCGACACCCUGAUCACCGAGUGUACCUACGACAGCACGGCUCGAGAUAAGCCUAUUUUGGGCGGCUAUUCAGUCCUACAGGAGAUGUGCCUCUCGUUCGUGCUAUACUACCCCCGGACUGAGCUGGCCGGCUGCUACUCCAUGCCGCCGGUCCAGGAGUUCUUCGAGACCUUCGGAGUCAAGGAGUUCUACGGCAUCAGCAUGGUACAGGUCGAGAACCUGUUCUUUUCUUCAGGAUCGCUGGACAACCUGCCGCCGCAGCUGGAGCUGGACUUCAAGCAGCAGCAGCGCGCGGAGGAGACCGCCGUGCAGGGCGACGACCAGGGCGUCGGCCUACUCAAAGAGCUGCUCAUCAAAGAGCCCCCAGAGUUCCGGAACAAGACGUUCAUCGCUCACCUCAACGAGAUGCCGUGGUCGGAGUCACUGCUCACGGAGCAGAUCGAGAAGACGCUGUACAGAGGCACCCACAUGACCUUCUGCAAGAAGCGGGACGACACUUGGGGGGCGCCAAUCGAAAUCCAGAACUUCCCAAACUUUACUGAACUUCAGAACAAUGAAACUGCAGACAAGACUUGCCACUACAAGAGUGUCAAACUACCCUCAGUCACCACACCAAAUAUAGCCAACACCAUUUAUCUGAGUAGGUUUACAUUAACAGCACUAACUGCUAUACAAAUUCUUUACAUUAUGCGGUAAUGAUUAAGAUAAUUAAUUAUGUUGUUCAGCUUAGUACAUACAUAUUGAGAACCAAUGAGUAUUUUGUACAAUUGUUUUGUUAUUAAUUGAUAAAAGUUUGAAAAUCACUUGAUGUGGUUCUUUUUGCAUAUCAUUUAUACUAAAUGCAACUGCCUUUUACUGUUCUUUUAUUUUUUCUCACUAUUAUUCUGUAUCACUUCUGUAUUUUCGUUUAUUUCCAUAUUUUAUAAAUACCUAUUCGUGUUGUACUUUUACUAAGUAAGUAAGUAAUGUUUGUGAUCAUAAUGAGUACUUAUGAUUUGUAUGUUGAUUAGCGAUUUAGUGGUAACGUAAACCAAACCGAUUUAGAGGUUCUAUCUAGCUGGCUAUUUUUUUGAAUAUAUGAAAUAAACUUACAUGUAAUGAAGUCAGUUACUAUUUGUUACGUGUAAAAUUGUAUACUUGGUAAAGUUAUUUUAACAUUGAGUAAUAUCCGUGAAAUUU